GACGUCAGGUGUUCGAAGGCAUUCCCGCGAUUAUUCACCCGCCAUAUUUUGUCCGUCUCAGGUUGUUUACUUCACGAAAAUGAGUUUGUGGGUGGAUAAGCAUCGACCGUCGUCGCUCAACAAGUUAGACUUCCACAAAGACCAAGCGGCACAUCUCAAGAAAUUGGUUCGAAGCGGAGACUUCCCACACCUGUUGGUGUACGGUCCGUCCGGUGCGGGGAAGAAGACGCGCAUCAUGUGCAUGUUGCGGGAGCUGUACGGUGCAGGCGUGGAGAAGCUGCGCAUCGAACACAACACCUUCACAACUCCAUCUAACAAGAAAAUAGAGAUAUCCACUAUCUCAAGCAACUACCAUAUCGAAGUCAAUGCCAGUGAUGUUGGCAACAGUGACAGAAUCGUCAUUCAGGAGAUGAUAAAGAACGUUGCACAGGUCAACCAGCUUGACUCAUCAUCGCAGAAAGAUUUCAAAGUGGUCAUCCUGACCGAAGUAGAUCGCCUGACGAAGGAUGCCCAGCAUGCACUGCGACGUACGAUGGAGAAGUACAUGGCGACGUGUCGUCUCAUCCUGUGUUGUAACUCCACCAGCAAGGUGAUUCCGGCCAUCAGGAGUCGAUGUCUGGGCAUCCGAGUCCCAGCACCAUCCCUGGAGGAGAUAUGCCAGAUACUGCAGAACGUGUGUAAGAAGGAGUGCAUCAACCUCCCCGCAGUCCUGGCCAACAGGAUAGCCGAGAAGAGCAACCGCAACCUCCGCCGAGCCCUCCUCAUGUGUGAGGCCUGCAAAGUGCAGCAACUGCCACUAAGCCCUGACCAGGAAGUGACCGACCCCGACUGGGAGAUGUACCUGAAGGAGACGGCCAGCAUGAUCGUCCAGCAACAGUCCCCUAAACGGUUACUUGAGGUGCGAGCCAGACUGUACGAGCUUCUGACUCACUGCAUCCCACCAGACAUCAUCAUGAAGGGUCUCCUUCAAGAACUGCUCUCCAACUGUGACGGUCAGCUGAAGACGGAGGUGGUUCAACAUGCAGCGUACUACGAACAUCGACUGCAGCUGGGUCAAAAGGCCAUCUACCACCUGGAGGCCUUUGUGGCCAAGUUCAUGGCCAUUUAUAAACGAUUCUUGGAGGAGGGGAUUGCAGAUUUAUUCUGAGGAGGAAAUAUUGAAUUUUGACAAUUUACUGGAAUGCGAUGAUGUGAAGAGACUGAAAUCUUGCGACAUUGAUACGAGUAUGGUUUACCUUAUUGUCGUAGCCAUGGUGAGAGAAGGAAGGGACAUGUGAUUAGGUGCAUGUUUAAGUACUGAUAUGCCAAUGUUCAAUAAAAGAAUAUUGGUGAAA